CUGCUACUGACCAAGGGCGACUACAGAACGGCACUCCGCAGCCCCCCGGCAUAAUGGCACUGAAAGUCUGCAUCGUAGGCUCUGGCAACUGGGGAUCGGCCAUAGCAAAGAUCGUGGGAGACAAUGCAGCGAGACUCCCUCAGUUUGACAAUGUGGUGAAGAUGUGGGUCUUUGAGGAAUUAAUUGGGGGGAAGAAGCUCACAGAAAUCAUUAACUCAGACCAUGAAAAUGUCAAAUACCUCCCCGGACACAAGCUUCCAGCCAACGUGGUGGCUGUGCCUGACUUACUUGAAGCAUCUGCAGGAGCAGAUAUUCUGAUCUUUGUUGUUCCUCAUCAGUUUAUCGGCAAGUUAUGUGACCAGCUAAAGGCACAUGUGAAAAAAGAGGCCUUUGGCAUGUCUCUAAUAAAGGGUGUUGAUGAGGGACCAGAGGGUCUGCGUCUUAUUUCAGACAUCAUUCAGGAGAGGCUAGGAAUCCAGAUGAGUGUUCUAAUGGGUGCCAACAUUGCCAAUGAAGUGGCUGAUGGGAAAUUUUGCGAGACGACAAUUGGCUGUAAAAAUAAAGAGCAUGGCAAAAUUCUGAAGGAAUUGUUCCAAACCCCUAAUUUCCGUAUCACAGUGGUGGAAGAGAAGGACACAGUGGAAAUCUGUGGGGCACUGAAGAAUAUUGUUGCUGUUGGAGCUGGCUUCUGUGAUGGGCUUGGAUUUGGGGAUAACACGAAAGCGGCCGUAAUCCGCCUUGGGCUGAUGGAGAUGAUUGCCUUCGCCAAGCUUUUCUGCUCAGGAUCAGUCACGUCUGCCACUUUCCUGGAGAGCUGCGGCGUCGCUGACCUCAUCACUACAUGCUAUGGCGGGAGGAACAGGAAAGUUGGUGAAGCUUUUGCUCGGACCGGAAAGUCUAUAGAACAGCUGGAACAAGAGAUGCUGAACGGACAGAAGCUACAGGGACCACAGACCUCGGCAGAACUAAAUCACAUUCUGAAAAACAAGAACUUGGUGGGAAAGUUCCCGCUCUUCACGGCAGUCUAUCAGAUCUGCUACGAGGGAAAGCCAGUAACAGAAUUCAUAACGUGUCUGCAGAACCACCCCGAGCACAUGUAAAGUGGAACAGCCCUGGCAAUCCUUGUCCUUCAACCUUGUGCCUUAUUUUAAACUUAGAAAUGGGGUUUUCUAUGAGUAUAUUUUAUUAUAUAUUUAUAGAGCUGGGGCAGGCAUCUGCUGGUGUGCUGGCUGUGGAACUACAAUUCCCAGAAUCCAUCCUACCAGCAGGGUUAGUGGUUGCUUAACCCUGAUAUAGUUUAGUUUGUAUGUGAAAUAACUACUGUGCGGCAGCCUUAUGGGUUAGCCCGGUGCCAGUGGCAGAGAGAGGUGGCAUUGGGUGCUACAUAAACCUUUACUUGAUGGGAUAUUUGUUCAGGCAAAUUCAUAGCAGGUUUUUAUUUCGAUUUUAAAGCAGAUGCUGAGUUUUCCUUACACAGUGGCGCCUUCACCCAGGGCUUCUGCAGAGCUUUUUAAGGAAACUCUGAUGGGAGAAUAUGCUUAGUAAUGUGCAAUUAAAUGCUUUUAGCCUAAUGAUUAUUAUAUUUUAAUGGCCCGGGCAUAUCUUUGUAAAUAAGCAGUGGGAAAUGAUAGUAAUUACGCAUUUUCAAUUGGUGAUCUUAGAGGGGAACAUUUGCCCCUUGUGCACAUCAAGCACAUAAUUGGGACAAACGAUUGAAGAAAAAUAGAUGUAUUAUAUUAAAAGGGGUUUUAUCUGGUGCGUGCUGUGUGUAAUAUCAGUGUAUUCUCCCUGUCGCUCUCACAACACGAGCUAAGAGAAGCUAAUAAACUAUUUUGUUUACA